CCGCCGCUGGGCGUGCGAACCCGAUUUCGCCAGCUGAGUGUCCCGCGUGGUUUCCGCAGAAUCGGGUUUUCGGGGAUCCGCCGUUUCUUCCCUCUCCACAGGAUCCGCCCGGCCCGAGCGAGGACCAGCUUUCGGAGCUGCGGGGCGGGAGCCGGCGCGUCCUAGUUGCCGCGCUCGGGCGGAGGCUGUGUGUCUGUGGGCCGGGCCCCAGGGCGCCCCGGAUGGCGGGGCCGCGGGUAGAGGUGGACGGAGGGGUCCUGGAAGGGGGCGGCCAGAUCCUGAGGGUGUCCACGGCCCUGAGCUGUCUCCUGGGCGUGCCCUUGCGGGUGCAGAAGAUCCGAGCCGGCCGCAGCACGCCGGGCCUGCGGCCUCAGCAUUUAUCUGGACUGGAAAUGAUCCGGGAUCUGUGUGACGGGCAACUGGACGGGGCAGCGAUCGGCUCCACGGAGGUAACGUUCACGCCGGGGAAGAUCAGAGGUGGGACCCACACCGCCGACACGAAGACGGCGGGGAGCGUGUGCCUCCUGCUGCAGGUGUCCCUGCCCUGUGUCCUCUUCGCCGCGUCCUCGUCGGAGCUGCGUCUGAGAGGCGGGACCAACGCUGAGAUGGCCCCGCAGAUCGACUACAUGGCCACGGUGUUCAAGCCCAUUGUUGAAAAGUUUGGUUUCAAGUUUAAUUGUGACAUUAAAAUGAGGGGCUACUACCCCAAGGGGGGUGGUGAAGUGAUCGUCCAGAUGUCACCAGUUAAACAGCUGAACCCCAUCAAUUUGACUGACCGUGGCUCCGUGACUAAGAUCCACGGGAGAGCGUUUGUGGCUGGUGUUUUGCCAUUUAAGAUGGCCAAGGACAUGGCGGCGGCGGCGGUGCGGUGCCUCCGGAAGGAGUUCCGGGACCUGUACGUGAACAUCCAGCCCGUCCAGGAGCCGGGGGACCAGGCCUUCGGCAACGGCAGUGGGAUCAUCAUCACCGCGGAGACGUCCUCGGGCUGUCUGCUGGCCGGGUCGUCGCUCGGUAAACGAGGUGUAAACGCGGACAAGGUUGGGAUCGAAGCUGCCGAAAUGCUCUUAGCCAACCUUAGACACGGUGGCGCCGUGGAUGAGUAUCUGCAGGACCAGCUGAUCAUUUUCAUGGCGUUAGCCAGUGGCGUUUCCAGAAUAAAAACAGGACCCGUCACGCUCCACACAAAGACGGCCAUUCAUUUUGCUGAACAGCUGGCAAAGGCGAAGUUCACUGUGAAGAAAUCGGAAGAUGAAGAAGAUGCUUCUAGAGACGCCUACAUUAUCGAGUGCCAAGGAAUCGGGAUGACGAAUCCAAACCUAUAGGGCGUGUCGUGCCUGUUAAACGACACCUCGGUGACUGACGGCGCUCACUCAUUUCAGUGGGUCCAGCAGGAAGCGACCUAUUCACGCACCGACUUCCGCUGGGAGACGGGACACCGGGUGUCCUCAGUCUGCCACGGACGCCCCAUCGGGUUCGCCUCCCUUCGAAUGUCUCCCGGGACGUGGCGGACAGGACGUGGAGGAGUCGGCGGGCGUGUCUGCGGACAGCUGACCUCAGCGUCAGAGUGUUGGUAUAAAAUGUCCUUUCCCCCGAAGUGUGCUUUCCUUUUGUAUGCAAUAAAGCCCGGGCUGGCGCGGCGA